CCCAGCUCGAGAAGCUUCAAUCCACUCAGAACGACUACUGGGAAAGGGGCACAGACAAACGGAACAGUAAACAACGGCAGAGGCUCUGGCAAAUUUCACAGGUUAUUGAUAAUGCCAAGUACUGGGUACAUGUAGAGUACAUUAUAACAUCAUAAGCUGUGCAAAGUUUUGAGGAUCCUGCACAAUUCAGGAAAGCAUUCAGGUGGGUCUGUAAUGUUCAUCCUGGAGAAAUGCAGUCCCUCGGGGAGAAUAUUCCCCGGGGGGGGAAGCUAUAUGUGCACCUGUACACUGGUACAUGAACAGUCAACAAAAGUCGUCUUGAGCAAGAAGAAGGCUGGUUUAUCACAGUGUAACACGUACCGUGGAUGGAGUUCUAUUCGUUUACUUUCAGAAAGUAGCCCCUGAGUAUCAUUACGACCGAUCUACAUGUACUGAACAUUUGACAACUUCAGUUGGUCAGAGAAAAUGUGCUCAUGUUCUCUACAAUAUUGUAACUACAUGUACAUCCCAUAAAGAGUUGAGGUUCCAGCAGGCCAUGUGAGAAAAUGCAAACCAUGCAGACUGCUUGGUGUUGUGCAGGCAUGCAACUUGGACUUUGACAAAAAACAAGGAUAUUCCAAUCCUAACAACACUUUGAACAGUGUUUUUCAAUUUUCAAUGGCAGGAGUGUGAAGUGAAAACGAGGAAAUCAGCUGAUCCGAGGAAAAGUUGCAUGCCUGGUUGUAAGAGGGGGAAACAAGCAAAGGCAAACGUUACAUAGGAUUCCAAGUAUUUUAUUAUAAAUCAUAUGCAAAUAACGAGCGACAGGUGGUAACCACACAUCACCAUAAAUAACACCCCUACACAUUACACCACUUGCUGCCUGCCAUAUAAUCACCAGAACUGCACGGUGUAUAUUACAUUAUGAAUGAGAUGAGUACCGUAAAUGAUCCCCUUUUGCAUUGCCAGACGUAAUUGAUAUUGCGGCAUUUAAAGCCACUGACAAGGAAAGAGUAAAUGUACAGCAUAUUUUCAGUUUUAGCGACGCCUGCAAGUGCGGCUGCUCCUCUUGAGGUUUGUUUUUUGGUAUUCUUUGUGAAGUAGGAACGUAGAGAGUCUCCGACGGCACGCAGCUACCCCUGAAUCUUGUUCCAGUUCUUGUAGGAUCUACCGGCAUGCUCGUUAGUGUGGAAUUUGGCCUACAAAGCUCUUGGCUGGGUACCUGUGGGAUGUUCCGUGUUUGUCAGUCCUCGAGGCUUAUGUAAAGUCAUUCCAGUGCUCUUUGAUACAAUCACUCAGCUUGGGUCCCAUUUUCUCUCUUGUGGUGGACUGCAGCAAGAUGCCUUCGUCAGAGAUUCAUAACUGGCCGAUAUUACUGGCCAGCUUCAUGGUGACCAGUCUGACCUACGGCACGGCCAGCUCUGUGGGCGUGUUCUACAUCGAAUGGUUCAGGGAGUUCCCGGAAAGCGCGGCGCAGGUUGGCGGACUCUCCAUCUCGGUGGUCGUCAUGCUCCUGUGUACUUCGCCUUUGGCCGGUGCCCUGGCCAAGUGCUAUGGCGUGCGUCCAGUGGUGGCAGCUGGGGCCUGCCUGUCGUCUGCUGGACUUCUCCUCGCGUCGUUCGCCCGCGACAUCUCCGUCUUGUUUAUUACCAUUCCCUUCAUGGCGGGUAUCGGCUUUGGGAUGUCCCACAUGGGGGUCCUCUUCAUCAUCAGUGAGCUCUUCCACAAGCACUACGCCACGGCCAACGGCAUCGCCACGACGGGCACUAGCGUGGGCACCAUAGUCAUGCCCAUCCUGAAUAGCUUCCUGAUAGAGCGGUACGGCUGGCGCGGCGCCCUCGUGGUCCUGAGCGCCGUGGAGGCCAACCUGUUGGUGUGCGCUGGACUGCUGAGGGCUCCGGCGGGCGAAAGAGCCCAGGCAAAAUCGCUGAGCGGCGAACAGUGCGACCGAGGAAACUAUGGAAGUGUGACGCAUCGGGAGACGGAGGGGGUAUUUAGAUACAAGCAGCUUUUAGAGAGCGCUGAUGGGUCUGAAGAUGAUGCCAUUGGCCGAACCAGCAAAUUCUCUGUCGGCUCCUCACAGGAUCACAGUAAACAGGAGAGAUCGACUACGAUGGCCAACUUCUCAGAGAAACUCACAAGGUUCUUGGUCCUUUCAGGCCUAUCCCUCCUCUGGACCAACCGGGUCUACGUGACCUUCCAGCUGGCCACUGUCACCAACACUCCGAUCAUGGGCGUCACCCUGGCGUACAUCGCUGCCCGGGCUGAGUCGGUAGGCGUGCCCACCCUCCAGGCUACCUCCCUGAUCUCGGCCAUCGGAAUCGCCAACAUCGCCAGCCGGCUAACCCACGGCCGGCUGGUGGACACUGGCCAGGUGCAGCCUGCGUACAUGUACGGUGCCGCCAUCGCGCUGUCUGCAGUGGCUGGACCCAUCAUUGCAUCGGUUGAGAGCUACCCGUGGUUCAUGGUCUGUGCUGUACUGGUCGGCCUGUCGGCGGGAGUGUUUGUCCCCAUGCAGAUCACAAUAACUCGGCAGAUUGUCGGGCAAGAGAGAUUCCCUGGAGGAUCCGGAGUCAGCCUGGUUUUUGCUGGCAUCGGUGACUUCUUGUCGGCACUUAUGGCUGGCUACUUGCACGAUGUCACCAACAGCUACAGCGGAGGUUUCCUCAUGAUGGGCAUAGUAUCCGGAAUGAGCACAGCCCUGACUUUCUUCCUGCAUCUGACUUGGACCAGACUAAUCCCAGAUGACCGCUGGCCGAGAAUUCCGCCCGCUGGCUAACGAGGAAAUGCUGGCUGAUUGAUCGGUCAUCCUUCGAUUGACCAUCUCAAAAAGACUUUGAGUAAACUCAGUGACUGCUUUUGAGGCUCGCUAUUUCUUUGAAUAUAUGGGUUUUCAAUAAAAUGCAUUCAAACAAUGGUGGUUGUCGGUCUAAAUGUUUAGAAAUUUCUGAGCCUGCUCUCAAAUUCAAACGACAAAAGUAUGUCACCAUAACCUGCUAGGUUUAAGCUUUUAAAACAGCUUAAACCUAACACUGUAGAGUCAGCAGAAGACAAGGGCCCUAUUUCAUGGUGGUGCUUAACGUUAAAGAGAACAAUACUAUAGCCAAAACUUUUGCCUACCAUAAGCACUAUUUCAUGGGGAUGCUUAACGUUAAGCAGAACAGUUGCACUCACUAUAGCCAAAACUUUAGCCUACCGUAAGCACUAUUUCAUGGGGAUGCUUCGCAUGGCUGCACUUACAGUUACACCCAUUUAGAGAUUUCCACAGUUUUGUUACAACAUCAAGCAAUUUUUCCCAUUAGGUAAGCGUACGUUUUGCCAUGCUUACUGCUUACGGUAUUCAUGAAAUAUGCACAAACUCUCUUGGCAAAAAAGAAUGAGCUUCGCAGAGGCUUAAAUUAAAUAGAGGCUUUGCGUGGUAGCCAUCUUGCAGGGCAGUUCUUUUGUUCCACAGAAAUACCUCCUUUGUGCACACUCUGGAGAGCAAAAGCACUGGGACUAAUUUCACGGCACGCUUAGCAGUUAACAGAAAAGUCACGCUUUCUGUGGUAGAAAAAUUUGCUAACCUUGAGCACUAUUUCCACGGCAGUGCUUGGCCUGGUUGUGCUCACAGCUGUGAGAACACAGAGUUUUUCAUAUUUUUGUCACUUGCAAAUAUUGCCCCCAAGGUAAGCGUGCCUUUUUGCAUUGCUUACUGCUUACAUUCUUCAUGAAAUAUGCAGAGCUUCUGUUAGCGUAAAACUGCAUGCUUAGCAGGACCGUGAAAAUGGCCCUUGGCCUGCAACAUGGCUGCUGUGGACACCCUCUAUUGGGCCCAG